CUGGAACUCCUUACCUGAUACAGUGGUAACAGCUCCAUCGGUGAAUGCCUUCAAGUAGAAACUAAAUCCCUGCAGAGAUAUAUACUGCAACAAGAGCGUUCUAUCCUUAUAAUCUGAAUAUGAAUCUGAAUCUAUUGGAUAAUGGAUAUUAAGCGCUGACUUUGAGCAUUACGCAACAUCCAAAAUGAAGUGUAAACAUUGUGGGAGCUCUAAUUUAGAAGAAGACCGUGCCCGUGCCGACCUAAUAUGUUUGGAUUGUGGAAUGGUUGUGGGCGAAAACGUCAUUUCUUCAGAGGUAGAGUUCGUUGAAACAAGCACUGGUCAAUGUAAUGCUGUUGGUCGUUUUGUCUCAGAUGAAAGUAAGUUUUGAUAUUUCACUCCAUUUUAUUUCAGGCCAAGCUUUUAACUUCAAAGAGUCGCGUCAAAUAACUGAAAAUAAAGCUCGUCGAAGGAUUGAUACCAUUUGUGGCCAGUUGCGUCUUGGCAAUGAUAUAACAGUCUCUGCCUUUCGUUAUUAUCAAAGUGCACUUUUUCGCGGACUUACAAGGGGUCGCAAUGCUUUUACAGUAGCUGCGGGCUGUAUAUAUUUGGCAGCCCGCCAGUUGCGUGUCAACUUGAUGUUAUUAGACCUCAGUGAUGCAGUUGGAAUUAAUGUUUAUGUUCUUGGUCAUGUGUACGCUGAUCUAAAAAAGCGACUUAAUUUAGCCAUACCAGAAAUGGAUCCUUGUAUCUAUAUUGAUCGCUUUGCAAGUCAGUUGGAGUUCGGUGACAAAGUGUCCACAGUUGCUACAACCGCCAUGCGUCUGUUACAAAGGAUGAAGAAAGACUGGAUGGCUACUGGUCGUAGACCUAGUGGAUUGGCUGCUGCUGCACUACUUGUUGCUGCUCGAAUUCAUGAAUUCAAUAGGACAGAGGAAGACGUCGCUCGAAUUGCUCGGAUUAGUCAGAAUACUGCACGCAAACGUUUAGAAGAAUUCAGUCGUACUCCAUCAUCCGCUCUCAGUAUUGAAGAAUUUUUCUCAGUUGAUUAUGAUGAGGAGCAAGAUCCUCCAGCAUUUGUUGCUUCAAUGAAGCAGGAAGAUGAAAAGUUGAAAAGUAUGUCAGAGGGAACAAUGGCUCGUAUAACUAUGGAGAUAACUGAAUUAGAACGUCGUAUAGAUACUGAACUACAAAAGCUGUCUGGGAAAUACACAGCUCGUACAAUUUCUACACAACUUGCUAAAAUAGAUGUUGGAUGUUCCAAAGGCAUACAACAUUUAUUAGCUGAAAACUCAGAUUGUUUGAAAACAUCGGGUCUCUUAAGUGAACUAAAAGACGUAUCGAGUGAAGCUGCUGAAUGUGGUAACGAUGAUGCUAUAACUAACAAAAGUAAUACCUCUAGUCAAAAUGAAAGUGGUGAAGUUCGCGGGAUACUACGUGAUGUUUUGGAUGGUUUAGUUGAGCCAGAAUUAUUGGACAGCUGCGUUGAGGAUUUGCAUAUUCUAACUCAACAUUCUGGUACCAAAAUGUGUCAACUUUUGUCUGAAGCAGAGGAGACAAGAAAUCAGGCUGAUAUUGGUUCAGAUCAGAAAUUACCAGCACAGGAUGUGGAUUCCAAGCCGUCUGAUGCUGAAGAUACUAGACCCAAUGAACUUCCUGUAAAAGAUAAGAAUUCUCUGAAGUUACCUGUUUUUAUCCCAUCAAGUGUUGUUCCAAAGCAAGAAAGUAAAACUGAAGAUGAUACACUGUAUACCGAAGACAUUGAUGAUGAAGAAAUAGAUCGAGAAUAUUUGCUUCAGCCCAGAGAAAUCAUGCUGAAAGCAGCUAUAUGGUUCAAAGCCAAUGCAGAACACUUGGAACAAGCACGCAAACGUAAAUUAGCCAAAAGACAAAAACAACAGCAACAAGAACAAGAAGAUAUUAAAGGUCCUAAAAAGCGUAAAACGGCUAGUCGACGUAAUAAUUAUUCAUCAUCAACACGAUCAAAUCGUAAUACAAAUUCAAAAGAAGAAGACAGUAAACCAUUAUCUCGUAAAAUUAACUAUGAAGCACUUGAAGCAGUUGUUGGUCUAUCUGCUGUACCAGCUUCAUCCUCUCAAUCAGAUCAUCAUGCUAUACCGGCGACUGAUGUAGACAAUAGUGAACCGAGACCUGGUCCAUUGCUUGCCUCCACUUUGUGUGAUAAUGAUAAUUCUAAAGAAUUAUUCAAAUCACCUAAACAAAUUUUAGACGCUAAGAAUCAUAAGUCACAUUCAACAACAUCUGCAUGUAACGGAGAACAGUUAAAUAAAGCCUAUGGCAGACAAGGCGAUAACGGCAUUGCUGUUGAUAAUCAUAAUAAUAAUAAUGAUGGUGAGGAGGAGGAAGGGGAGGAAGAAGCAGUUGAAGACGAUGAAGAAAAUAAUGUUGGCAAUAAUGAUCCGUUUAAUCAAUAUUUGCCUAACUACAGUCAUGGAAUCGAUGAUGACGGUGAUGAUGAAGACUGGUCGAAUGGUGCUGAAUUAUGGUGAUUACUUACACCAGUGAACUGUAAAUAUUGUAAAUAUUUUAUCAGUGAAAUUAAAGUAUUAUCCAUAAUGUAUAUAUAGAUGUGUAUUAUCUUCUUUUACUACUAAUCUAUUUAUAUGUAUGCCUAAAUGCAUUUAAUUUCAAUUGUUUUAUUCACAUUUAUGAACAGUUUAUGAAUUGAAAAACAAAACAAAACUCUGUUCACUGUUCAACGAUUAGUUUAUAUGUAUUUGAGUAACAGGGUAGGUAGCGAGUUGUUCCAGCUCUCCUACCGUUAAAUUUUUUUAUACCCAAUAGAUUUUUUAUAAUUGUAAUUUUUCUUCUCAUCUCUUUGUUCCCCAACUUGAGAUUUUAAUAGUAUUUUAUUUGUUUUUGUAAUUUUCUUUUACUUGUUGAUUUGUUAUUAUUAAUGAAAUUGUUUAUUUUGCUUUUGUGAUUAUUGCAUAACUGCGUGUAUGUGAUUUUUUAAAGAAGGAAUUUUAUUUCAUUUCAUUUAAAUAAAUAUCAUAUAGU